GGCUUCGGGGGGCGGCCUUCCGGGACCCCGGCGCGGCGGGCAGGACCGCGGAGUGCAGGCCUCGGGACAUGUCCUGGCGUGCAGGCGGCAGAGGGAAGAGAACCGAGGGGCGGCCUCGAGGGGCGGCGUCCACUCCCUGCGGGCCCCGCCGUGCCCAGAAGCGCUCCGGGUCCGCUGGAUCAGCGACCUGGGGGGGACCCCGGGGUCUGCUCCGCCCUCCCUUCCUCCGCCACCUUGUUCCUGGAGCCGUCGCCCAGAUCCUCCGCUUCUCGCAGGGACAAGAGCGGUGCCGCCAGCGGAGGCUCUCCGGGGUCCCGGGGGAGCGAGGGGGCGCGCCGCUGGGCUUCCCUGGGCCCCGCCCGGCCGCCGCCUCCCUCGCUCCGCAGCGACUUCCCGGCGCGCCUCCGCCCCGCCCCUCGUGACGCGGCCCGCGGGCCCCGCGCCGCCCGCGCCCGGGCCGGGCCGUGCCGCAGCGCGCCGCAGUCUGGCCUCCGCGCGGGCGCCGGAGGAAGGAAGCGCGCGGCCGCGUCACGUGUCCGCCGCGGUCGCGGCCCGGGGCCGAUCGGUGUCCGUGUGCGUCGGCGGGGCAGUGCGCGCCCGGACCGCAGGUGCUGCGGUGCUGGGAACUCCUUUGCAAGCAUAAGAGGAAUAAAGACGUUCCCUCCGCAGCCGCCACCAUCGCCGUCCUCCAGCAGGUUGAGCGAGGACACCAGCAGCACGGGAGAGAAGACAGUCCAUCUGACCCCCGGUGAUGGCCAGCCACGUGGUGUUCACAAGAAACGGAAUAGGGUGAAGGAAGCGCAGCAGGAAAGCAGCAGUGUGCACGCUGGCCCAUCGUGGAAUAAAGUGCAACGUUCAAAGAAUUCUUCAGGGAGAAGGCAGAGGAGAUCCCAAGUACCCUGUGCUUCCUCCCAGCUGAACGGCAGCCUAGUGGGUGUCUCCCAGCCAACUGAAGAUGAAGUUAGAGCAGGCAUUGCCGCAGGAGGAAAACCCAAAAGGGACCCGAGUUCCAGGGGUCAGGGGGCCUCAGCGAGCCAGCUGUUUCUGGACUUUGAGUCCAUGAAGAUUAUUAAAGAGAGUGCCGAUGAGGACAGCGCGAGCGAUCUCUCUGACUCAGAAAGGGUUCCCAUUCCUCCUUCUCCCCUGACGCCUCCAGACCUCCAUCUCCGCGCUGAAGAGAUCGACCCCCUUGACUUCGAUCUGCAUCUAACUCAGGGCCACGCCAAGCCUGAACACUAUUACCCCGAUUUCCUUCCACCCCCGUAUAGCUCCUGGGACCUGCGGGCUAUGGCCUUGCUUCUGCACACGGAGUGCGACACUGGGGCCGUGCCGCGUGCAGGGGGACUCCUUGGGAAGUACGUGGACAGGCUCCUUCAGCUCGAGUGGCUGCAGCUCCAGACCAUCCAGUGUGAAAAAGGCAAGGCGGCCAAAGCAAGGCCUCCCCCUGGCCCCGGGCCGGCAGGAGCUCUCAAAAGCCCCGGGAGAAGUAAGCUCAGUGCUGGUGCCCUGUCCAAGCCACUAGCUCGGCAGGAAGGCUGUUCAAAGUCAGGCCCUUCGCGAAAGAAAGGUUUUCCCCAUGAAGAAGCCCACCCGUCGUAUCGUGCAUUUGAGACUUCCCCGAAGCCGAGCGACGUGGCGGGCGGCACCAGGUUAUGUUCUCAGAAGCAGAAGUUAGAAAUGAGAAUGGAGGAGAAGAAAAGGAAAUCGGCCAAGAGCAUCCAGCUGCAGCGCUGGGAUCCGUCCUGUGGCGGCUGCAGCCCGAAGGUGGAAACCAGUGGGAACCUGCGGAUCCCCCGACAGCCAGCCCCGACUCUGGACUCGGCGGACCCCUGGAAGGCCCCCAAAACACAAGCGCUUGCGAAUCUCAAGAAAAAGGCAAAUGCAAACAGUUGUGGCCGUGCCACUAUGUCCAGUGAGAAGAAACUCAAAACAAAUGGAGUAAAGCAGCACACACACAGGCUAAAAUGAUUCUGAAAUGAGGAACUGCAAAGCCCGUCCGAUGUAUAAAUAUUAGAGCCCUUCAGAAAGUCAGCUAUGCUGUGAGUUUUUAGUUUGAAGACAUUGGCUAUUCUGUCUAGCCCACCUAUACCUCCA